AUGGAUACAAUAAAGAGUGAAGGCUUCAUCGAGGAUUCAGCUGAGAAAAAUACAUAUGGUGCGGAAAAACCGAUAGAUCUGGAUGAUGUCCUCACUAAUGAGCUGGGACAAUUCGGUCCAUUUCAACUAAGAAAUUUGCUUUUGGUUGCGUUACCAAUCAUCAUGUCCGCAUUUGCGAGUGAAUACAUUUUUUCUGCAGCGGCAAUACCCCACAGAUGUAAGAUUUCAGAAUGUGGGGAAAGAAUAAAAUUAGAAGAAUUUGAACCAGAAUGGAUCCGAAUAGCUAUACCGGAGACGAGUAGAGGACUUUCCAGUUGCCAGAGAUUCGCGUCUCGCGGCCUUGGUAUAAAUGGUUCCCUGGACAACUGCCCAGCAGAUCUCUUCGAUCCAGACUCAACAGUUGACUGUGAUGGGUUUGUCUAUGCGAGAGACAAUUCUGUCGUCUAUGAUUUUGACUUAGGGUGCCAAGAAUGGCUGCGAGCUUUAGCGGGGACUUUAAACAGUAUAGGAACACUGCUGGUAUUACCAAUCACUGGUUACGUCUCAGAUCGAUUUGGUAGAAGAAUUGCUCUUGUGAUAAAUGUCCUUAAUCUGGCGAUCUUCGGUAUCAUCAGAGCAUUUUCUGUCAAUUACCCAAUGUAUUUGAUUUUACAAAUUGUUCAAACGACUCUCGGUGCUGGAACCUUCAGCUCGGCCUAUAUUUUCGCUGCUGAGUUAGUGGGGCCCAAAUAUCGUGUACUAACGAGCGCAACGUCGACGUCAAUGUUUGCCCUGGGUCAAGUAGUACUUGGUAGCGUAGCUUGGGUAAUUCGGCCAUGGCGAUACAUGAUUUUAGCUCUGCACAUACCUUGCUUCCUAAUAAUUAGCUACUACUGGUUACUAAGCGAAAGUGUAAGGUGGCUAAUCUCAAAACAAAAGUUUGAAGAAGCUAGAAAGGUGUUAGAAAAUGUAGCCAGAGUUAACAAGAAACAAAUAAGUGAGAAGUCUAUGGCGGGUCUACUCACUCCUCCACAGACGUCUGUUCCUUCAGAUGGCGAGAAACCCAGCCUCAUAAAAACCGUAAUCCGUUCCAAAGUCUUGCUCAGAAGAGUAUGUACCACGCCAAUAUGGUGGAUCACCACUACGUUUGUGUACUACGGGCUGUCUAUCAACUCGACAAGUCUUUCCGAGAGCAUGCACCUCAACUACAUAUUGACUGUUGCCAUUGAGAUCCCCGGAUUUUACACCGCCAUCUUCGUACUCGACAGAGUUGGCAGGAAGGCUACUUUGUCAGUUGGGUACUUCUUUAGCGCAGCUUGUAACAUCGCCUUUUCCUUUAUCCCUAAUGAUUACUUCGUCGUGAGAUUGAUAAUUUUCUUGCUGGGCAAGUUCGCCAUAUCGACUGUGAUGACGUCACUAUACCUGUACACGUCAGAGCUUUACCCGACGGAGUUCCGUCACAGUCUGCUCGCCUUUUCCUCGAUGGUCGGCAGAAUGGGCUCUAUAACGGCACCUCUAACUCCUGUACUUAUGGACUAUUGGCACGGCAUUCCAUCUAUGAUGUUCGGCGGUAUGGCUGUCCUCUCCGGUCUCCUAGUUCUCACCCAGCCGGAAACCUUGGGCUCGAAAAUGCCCAAUACUUUAGCGGAAGCUGAGGCCAUCGGCAAAAUAAAGUGAAAAGUGUAUAACACGAGUUGAUACCGCCUCUAGAUUAAAUUUAUUAUAAUAUAAUAUUCGUAUCUCAACACAACGAAACGUGACUAUAUUUUGAUAUUUAUAAGGAUCUAGCGAGUUAAGGUAGAAUAUUAAUUUGUUUUUUAAAUAUAAAACUGUCGAGACAUGUUUUUAGUACUCCUUAGUUAUUAUUAAAUUUUAUUAGUAAUUUA